CUACAGCUGAAGGCAGAUGUUGUCCCAAAGACUGCAGAGAACUUCCGGGCCCUGUGUACCGGGGAGAAGGGCUUUGGCUACAAAGGCUCCACGUUUCACAGAGUGAUUCCGUCCUUCAUGUGCCAGGCUGGCGACUUCACCAACCACAACGGCACAGGGGGGAAGUCCAUCUACGGAAGCCGCUUUCCUGAUGAGAACUUCACACUGAAGCACGUGGGGCCAGGUGUCCUGUCCAUGGCAAAUGCAGGCCCCAACACCAAUGGCUCCCAGUUCUUCAUUUGCACUAUCAAGACAGACUGGUUGGAUGGCAAACAUGUUGUGUUCGGCCAUGUGAAAGACGGCAUGGAUGUUGUGAAGAAAAUAGAAUCCUUUGGCUCCAAGAGUGGGAAGACGUCCAAGAAGAUUGUCAUCACAGACUGCGGCCAGUUGAGCUAACCGCCUGCUGCCAGGGUACUGCGCCCGCAGCUGCUGCACCCGGUGUUCACUCACCCAGGGGGCUGCCCGGGCUCCGGGCGAAGAUGCCCCGCAGAGCUGCCUGUGCUCCCUCCAUCCGCCAUGUGCUCGAGGAAGGCAUCUCAGCAACCCCAGACCUCCCCAGGACCCACGAGACUGUUUCAGUGCCCACCCUUCCUCAUGACUGUCUCUGGACCCCCGUUGUGGACGUCACAUCGCUGCCCCUCGGCAGGCAUUGGCUGUGACUGUGCAGCCUGAGUUCACAUGUGCCUUGGGGGGUGAUAGGUUAGCUUCCAGUUCAGAUUUGUGCCUUUUCCUUGACCAAGGGGGAAAGCCAGUGCUACAAAAAGGGCUGUGAUAUGUCUAUUUAAUGAUGUCUCCCUAAUUGGAAUAAUUUAAUUAACAAGACUACCUGGAGAUGAAGCUGUGACACUAACUGAUCCCUGCUGUGGUGUGACCUGAGUUUAGGCCCAGGCCACAGAACUCCGGAGCUUGGCCUCUGGACCGCAAUCCGUGUAUCUGUGAAGGGUCUUGUGGCCGAGGCCUCUUUGUCCCGCCCCUGUGAGACCUGUCCGUUUGCUGCUGUCAUUUCUGGAGAGUGUGGGGUAGAAGCAGAUGAACCUGGGAACUAAGCCAUUGUGAGCUGAGCUAGCAGAUGUGAAUUCCCCAGUGGAAACGGAAAUGGCCUGAGGGUGCUGUGGGCCCUGGGGAGAGUAAACAUGUAUUUCCUGGUGGGCUCAGAUUUUUCUGUAUUUAAUAACAAAUCUACUGGUUAUGUAUAUAGUAGACUUCAGGGACAUGUAGUUGUGUUCACCUUAAAUGUGAAAAUAAAGCCUAUUUUCUAUA